GGCUAUCGUAUUUCACGGCUGAGCUCAAUAGUUGCGUCCGGUUUCUGUGGUAUUUCAGCUCACUCAGGCGGAAAAGAAAGUCCUUGUUCUGUAUCGUCCGUGUAUCCAAGUCAAAUCCCUUCAGUCGUUCUUCGCUCUUGUCUGAAAAAAUGGUCGAACCAUCUAAGUGGAAUAUCGGUCUUAUGAAUGAUAACUCGUCCAAGUAUCUCACCGCUGAGACAUUCGGAUUUAAACUGAACUCGGAUGGCGUUUCCCUUCGAAAGAAGCAGACAUGGUCUCUUGAGCAAGUUGACGGGGAGGCGAUCUAUCUGAAGUCGCACUUGGGAAGGUAUCUGACGGCGGAUCCUAAAGGCAAUUUGUGUUGCGAGGCGGAAGAAAGAGAGAGCAACGCAAAGUUUACAGUCGAGAUAAAAGAUGGGAAAUGGGCACUGAAAAGCGUCCACGGCGCGUACUUUGGUGCGAACGGUGACCAACUAAAAUGCGUGGCGAAAAUCGGGAAAACGGAGUUAUGGACAGUACAUUUGGCCAUGCACCCUCAGAUAAACCUGAAGAGCGUUUUGCGCAAGCGAUACGCGCAUUUAGACGAAGAGGAUAAUGAUGUGAAAGUAUCCGAGCUGAUCCCGUGGGGUGCUGAUGCCACCAUCACUUUGAAAUUCUCGGGAGGAAGGUAUUUUCUCGUCACGAGUAAUGGCAAAUACGUAAGUGCAAGCGGGGACUUACAGGACGAGCCUAAUGAUGAUUGUUCGUUCUCCGUGGAGUUCCACCAGACAAGCAUUGCAUUUAGGGAUCACAAGGGCAAAUACUUGACGGCUGUUGGUACCGGUAAACUUCAGUCUAAGAAAGAAACCGCGGGCAAAGAUGAGCUCUUUCAGUUGGAAGACAGUCAUCCGCAGGUCUCCUUCAUCGGUCACACAAACAAGAGGGUUUCCAUAAAGCAACACACGGACCUCCGCGCCAAUCAGAUGGACAUGGGAGACACCGAGAUCUUCCAGCUCGAGUUCAACGAAGACGGCAAGACCGUGUCCCUGCUCGGUAACAACGGCAUGUACUGGGUUGCCAAUGGACCCGUCUCCGCCACCGAGAAGACCAUCACCCCGAAAGCCCAGUUCACCAUGGAAUACCAUAACAAUCAAGUAGCGUUCAAGGCGCAUACUGGGAUGUACCUGACCUCAAACAAGCAGGGACAGCUACUCGACGGCACACCAGAGCUUGAGGAGGCCGGCAAGUUCUCCAUGGAGAUCGUCAAUCGCCCGCUGUUGAUCCUGAAAGGCGAGUUUGGGUUCAUCGGGUGCAAGACCUCGACUAACCGCCUUGAAUGUAACCGCGCCGCCUACGACGUCUUUACGCUGGAAGUGGAGGAAGCGGAGAGCGAAGAGGAACGAGGGACGUGGUAUAAGAUUGGAUCUGAGAAGGGCAAGUACUGGCGCGUGGAGGGAGAUGGGAGUAUCUCGGUGUCUGGCGAGGCGAAUAGCGCUGAUCUGUUCGAGAUUUUCCUGGAGCGCAGGAAUUAUCUGUGCAUCAAGGCGAAGAACGGGGCGUACCUCAGAGGCCAGCAAAAUGGAGUGUUCAACGCAAACGGAAAGAGCAUCGCGAAGGACAGUCUUUGGGAAUACUAGAAAGGAGGGGAGGUUGCCAGAGAAACGGCGUAUACAAUAACGCAAAGUAAGGUCUUGGGACACCUUAAAUAGCUAUAAAUCACAUGCCAAGAGGCAGGAGUGCCCAAUAGUAAAAUUACUUACUUGGACAUAGAUAGAAUAAGGUAUAAACGAUUUCAAAUUAUUCCAGUGUCAAAUGUAGGCUAUGUCUUUAAAUUAAUGGAUCAUAAGGGUACAUAUCUUACUAUCCGACUACUAGAUAAUUAUGUUUAUUUUCUGUGAUUAUAACUCAAGAACAAAAUAAUACCCCUGUUUCGUAUCUUUCAUUAUUUUUGUUAUAUUUUUGUCCUCUUACAAAGAGAAACCUGAAGAAUUCCGUAAAUAGAGGUGUUUUGCUUGAAAGAAAUCAAUUGUUAGAUCUUUUUUAAUGUGAGUUAAAUUAUUUGUCUUAGAAAUAUUUCUAAAAAAAAGUAUUAUUUUCGUUAUCAAAUAUUUUUGUGAUUGCGAUUAUCUGCUCCUUUCACUAGUCACGUGAUCAUCAAAAUCCGAAAUCUUUAGUGUAGGGUAUCAGAUCAGAGUUUUUUUCCUUUUUUGUCGAAUUAAGACCUGCAACAAAUAACGUAAACAAUUGUCAGAUAAAUUAAGGAACUCUCGAUGUAUUCGAUAUUACAAUAGCGUAGUUAUUGUAGAAUGUUUCAAUAUCUCAGACUUAUAAAAGAGACGAAGUUUGAAUUGUGUUUUUAACCCUGUAACCAUCACCUUUUAAUAAUUAAAAUGGAGCGAAAAAUGAA